AAAGUCGCGUGUUUAUGUUUACAUCUCGCAGUCAAAACCAAAAGUCGCGUGCAGUUCGUCGUCGUCCGUCGCGGAUCGGAAAAAUUAAUGCCGUUUUGUGUCGUGCGCGUGCGAAAUCCGUCCCCGAAGUGUGAGGUAUAGGAAAAUGUGCAUAGAGACGGUGGACCAACCGGCGGCCGUGGUAGGAAAAAGUGAAAGCAAUCGAAAAAGCAGCAGCAGUGCGAUGAUGGAUCGCGAGGAACGGGACGAAAAUGGUUUGCGCAUUCGGCGCAUCGCCGGUGGCUGUAUGAUCAGUCAUCCGCCGCUGUUCUCGCCGGAUGGGGACACAAUUUACCUGGUUUGGGACCAAACGGUUCGGGCGUUCAGUGUGACAACCGGCGAAUGCGUCCGGGAUUAUGAGGGAGCGCGGGACGACAUCGCUGGAAUCGUAAUCAACCGGAGCAAUCCGAAGUAUCUGUACGGAUGUACCCGGGCGGGACACAUUGUCAGUUGGAAGCUGGAGUCGGGAGUGCUGACGGAUCGAAGGGAAGUCCUCAUGAACACACGGUUCCGAGUGAACCACUUUAGCAUUCUUUAUGACGAGAACGACGUGGCCACUUUCCUGAUUUCCGGGGAAUCCAUUAAGACACUGGCCCUGAUCUUUUGUCCCACAAAGUGGAAGGUAAUCGAUACCUUUCCGUUGAAAUUUGAUAAACCGAUGUCGCAGAUUCUGCUCGCACCCGGCGGGGACAAGUUGAACUAUUUUGCCAUGAUUACGGAUGACCUGUGGCACUGGGUCACGAUCAAACCCAGGCUUCAGAUAAACACCAAGAAGCACUGCAACAACGUACAAACGCGUGUGGUCACUUGCCAUCCGACGGAGGACAUCGUGGCCGUCGGGGACGCCAUCGGACGGGUUGUCCUCUACAAAAACUUUCUCCGCACGAAGAGACCCGUGCCGGAAACCUACCACUGGCACGCGAAUCCGGUCCAGUGCGUGGUCUUCUCCCACACCGGGAACCAUUUCUACUCCGGCGGCUUGGAACGGGUCCUAAUUAAGUGGACCGUUGGCAAACAGGACACCAAGGAUAUCCUUCCGCGCCUGUCGGAUUCCAUCGUUCAGAUAGCGGUCGCCCCGGAAAACCUCAAGGUGGCCCUCUGCACCGCGGACAACGGGAUUCAGAUACUGAACGCCCUGCAGAAGCAGACGGCGGUGGUGCAAAGUUUGUCGCGUAUUUCCGACGAUUUUACCGGGCGCGAUCGGUACCCGGUGGGGAUUCGGGUCAAUCCCCGGACGCAGACGAUGAUCCUCAACGGGAGGAUCGGAUGCAUUCAGUUCUUCUCGACCUACUCGAGGAGUUUGCUGUACACGCUGGACAUCACCCUGCGUAACUAUAACACGCUGGAGCAGAACAAAAUAAUCUACAACACGGUCGUCACGAACGUGGCCGUCAACGCCUUCUGGCUGGCGACGGUCGAGAAUUGGUCCGACAACUGCCACUCGUCGGAAACCCGGCUCAAGUUCUGGCGGUACGACGAAUCCCGGCAGAACUACUCUCUCAACACCAACGUGGAAAAUGUCCACCAGGGCGGCGCCAGCGGGCUGGAGUUUUCCAGCAGUUCCAAGGAACGGGACGUCCUGUGUGCCUCGGCCGGGAACGAUCGGUGCGUUAAAGUGUGGUCGCUGGAGGAGAUUGAGGUCACCGGCGGCGGCGAGAAGCUGGUGUGGAUCUGCGUCGGAAAGGUUGACUAUAAGAACCUUCCGGUCCUGGCGGUUUCAUUUUCUCAGGAUGGUUCGCUACUGGCGGCAGGAUUUGGAAAUGUCCUCUGCGCAUGGAACGCGGAAACCCUUCGGCUCAAGUGUGUCCUGUCCGCUCCGGCAGGGUACGACGGAAGUGCCAAUCGGGUGGUUCUGGCUGUUCCGGCCAAAAAGAAGACCGUAGACAAGAGCCAGUACCUGGACAAGAAGACCAAGAUCGUUCAACAACUUCUGGAAGUGCUGGAAUCGAAAAACGCCUCCAGUCUGUUCAAGAACGUGACUCCAUCGGAGAAGAAACGUUUCCUGGAAAACCAAACGAAAUCUGCUCCGGAUUUAUCCGACAGCGACAAAAAGCUGAUCUUCAAGCGGGUCCAACUGCAGAACGAACUCACUUUGCUGCAGAAAGCCGAACUGUUCCACCGCCUUCGCAUCCAGUGCCGAACCGCAGGUCAAAUGAAGGAAAAGAUCGCCGAAAAGCUGUACAAAGCCAAGCAAAUCUCCACCAAAUCCGAGAACCACCUGCAAAAGAUCCUGGACAACCUCGCCCAGAAUGCCAAAUUCCGCUGCAAGCGAAAGUUCCAUCAGUACCAACGUCGGAACGAACGCUCCCCGUGCCUCUCGCAGUUCACCAGCAUCUUCAACCGGGAACUUCGCGGCCGAACGUGUCCACUAGUCCCGUCAGAACCCCGUCAGAACAGCGCCGCCCCGAACCCGCUCAAAGCGACCACCCAAAUCCGGCACAUCCUGUUCUGUCACGGCGAGUACUCCCAUCUGGUGGUGAUGGCCACCGAGAAUCGGCUGCUCGUGUGGAACCUGCUGACGCUGCGCGUUCAGGUGACGGUCAACUUGAGCGUCGAGCGGAUUGCGAUCGAUUCGUUCACCAACCUGAUUGCGGCCUUCACCGGGGAUAAUGAAUUGUACAUAUUUCUGCCGAACAUCCCGAUGCCGUUGUACCACCGGAAGAACCUCCCGCCGGUGUUCGGUGCAGCUUGGAUCCCCCGACGCUUUCCCAAGUCGCAGUCUCUCAAUGUGGAUUGGCAAGCCGUGUCGCAGUUGUACUUCCUGAAUCACAAUCAGGAACUGCUCCACCUGGUGUCGGACAGCGAUGAGGAAUCGCUGGGACCGGUGGUCUACAUGAACGACGCCAUCGGCAACGGACUGCCGAACACUCCGUUUGCGGCUAUGCUGGCCAAGCAGCAGUCGGGCAGCGCAGUGCAGGCGAGUGCGGUGAACAGUGCCGGACGGAUCGGAGUUGCCGGAAAGAACAGCGUCAAAGAGAUCGUCUCAUCCUCCGCCCACACGAUGGCCCCGAUCAGUUUGCUCUGCAAGGAUUUCCUCCGAUCGUUGAUGAUUGUGGCGGAACGAAAACGGGACCGCGAAGCAUCCUCCCAGCUGGCAACUGCAAACGGGUCUCGGCGCACAUUCACUGGAUCCGCCAAAUCACCGAACGAUGCCAGCGACGAUGAAUCGGAUGGGGAAACGGACGAAAGUGCCGAGGUGAAAGCGAAAAUCAGCGCCCGGAAAGCGGUGCUGGAGUCGGUGGAAAAGACUCAACUGAAGUCGGUUAGAGUCGGGGAGAAGGUGGACCAGGAUACCAAGCUGAGGAAGCUGGUCGAGGAGUCGGUGGAAAUCGAUUUCUGAGGGACCGAUACUGUUGUAAGUACAUAUUGUUUUGCAUUUUCUUAUCUUUAUUUUAUAGUAGAAUAAAACUUAGUUACCUAAGA